UCUACUCACACUCCAGACUCCACCGUAGAGCAGAGGAAAAAACCUUCCAGAGGGCUCAGAAAUGGCGAUUCCGCUGGGCGUGUGUCCGUCGACCUUCUUCGCUGGCGAAACGGCGUCGUUGGCCAAGCCGUCGUCGCUGUCUUCUCUCCGGUUCAGGUUCCAGUCCCUUCCUCCUCCUUCUCAGGUCAGCCUCCGUGCGGUCUCCGUGGUGACGACGGCCACGGCCUCGAAGCCGGCGACGGAUACCCGCAAGAGGGAGCCGAGAGGCAUCACCAAGCCCCGGCGAGUGUCGCCGGAAAUGCAAGCGUUUCUCGGCGGCAUCUCUGAGAUUCCUCGCACCCAAGCCCUCAAGGAGAUUUGGGCUCACAUCAAGCAGCACAAUCUUCAGGAUCCUCAAAACAAGAAGAUCAUUGUAUGCGACGAAAAGCUGAAGAGCAUUUUUGGAGGGAGAGAACGCGUCGGGUUUCUUGAAAUUGCUGGAUUGAUUAGUCCUCACUUCCUUAAGUAAGCGCUUUGCCGGAAAAUGCAUCCAAGUGGCCUGCCUGCCGUGUUUUGUUCUCCUGUAAAAUGGGGUUCAGUAUUUUGUUGAUGGCACUACUAGUAGGAGUUUAGCAAUAGCAUGUUUGGCAGUCUUUUAUUUGUCAUAUUUCCAGGUGCCUACAGCCUAUUACAUACAGGCCCUCUAUUUUGGUUUAUGUUGAGAGCUUCUCUUUCUUGGGUUGUUUCA